AUGGACCUCCUCACCGGGCACAACCCUCUAACCACCAUUCAGCACGACGCCGUCCUCGACUACUACGGCCGCCGCCUCGCCACCUGCUCCUCCGACAAAACCAUCAAAAUCUUCGACGUCACUGCCGACUCGCACGUGCUAACCUCCAUCCUCACCGGCCACGAAGGCGCCGUCUGGUGCGUAUCCUGGGCACACCCCAAAUUCGGCAACAUCCUGGCCUCGGCCUCGUAUGAUGGCAAGGUCUUCAUCUGGCGCGAGUCCGCGUCUGUCUGGACGCGCGUAUACGACUUUGGACUGCACACGGCGAGUGUCAAUCUGGUUGCUUGGGCGCCGCAUGAGGCGGGCUGUGUGCUUGCGUGUGCGAGCAGCGAUGGGAGUGUCAGUGUGCUGGAGUUCAAGGAGAAUAGCUGGAGCCCGAUGGUCUUUGCGGCGCAUGGGAUUGGGGUCAACAGUGUCAGCUGGUCGCCGGCCGUGGUUCCAGGCGCGUUGACGGGGGCGAGUGGGAUGGUAGUGGGCAGUGCGAGGAGGUUCGUGACGGGAGGAAGCGAUUGCUUGGUGAAGAUUUGGGAGUGGAAUGCGGAACAAAACACGUAUACCUCGACAUGCACGCUUACUGGUCAUACGGAUUGGGUUCGUGAUGUCGCGUGGUCGCCUACCGUUCUUACGCGAUCCUAUAUUGCGUCUGCGUCACAGGAUAAGACAGUGCGUAUAUGGACAAGUACCAACCCUGCGCUUGGCGAAUGGAAGUCCACAACGCUCAACUUUGACGCUGUCGCUUGGCGUGUAAGUUGGAGUCUAAGCGGAAAUAUCUUAGCUGUUAGUACGGGCGAUAACAGAGUCAGUCUGUGGAAGGAGAGACUCAGCGGUGGGUGGGACCUGGUCAAGAAACUUGAGGAAUGA